AUGUCCACUGAAUCUGCUUUAUCAUACGCUGCUUUAAUCUUGGCUGAUUCAGAUAUUGAAAUCACUUCAGAGAAAUUAUUAUCAUUAGCCAAAAGUGCUAAUAUCGAAGUUGAAGGAAUCUGGGCUGAUUUGUUUGCAAAGGCUUUAGAAGGUAAAGACUUGAAAGAGUUUUUCUUCAACUUCUCAUCAGCCCCAGCUGCCGGUGCUUCUGUUGCUGCUGCCGGUUCAGGUGACUCUGGUGCCGCUGCUGCUGAAGAUGCCAAAGAAGAAAAGGAAGAAGAGGCCAAGGAAGAGUCAGAUGACGAUAUGGGAUUCGGUUUAUUCGACUAA